AUGCAUCGUUGUGUUUUUAUAAUUUUCUCAUUUCUCUUGCUAUGCAUUCAGAAUACAACUACCAACCAACUGGUAGCAGCGGAAGGAGGAGGAGGAGAUGAUAAUGGUGUUAUCACGAACAAGUGUUUGGAUAAGGAGAGAGAUGCUCUCCUUCAAUUCAAAGCAAACCUUGAAGACCCUUAUGGUAGUCUCUCUACAUGGAGACCUGAAGAUGAUGAAUGUUGUGAAUGGAGAGGAGUCAUGUGUGGCGAUGAAACAGGUCAUCAUGUCACAUGGCUUGAGAUUAGAUCUUUUGGUCUUGUAGGUGAGAUUAGCCCUUCAUUGGUUAACUUAACCUACUUGAAUCAUCUUGAUCUUUUCGGAAAUUUCUUUAAUGGAACCAUUCCCAAGUCCUUUGGUUCCUUGACCGAAUUAAUGUUCCUUGACCUUUCAAAUAACUCUUUUUAUGGAACCAUUCCUGAAGAGUUUGGAAACCUCACCAACUUGCAAAACCUUUAUCUUGAUUUUUUUGGAAGAUGUAGAGUUGAAAACCUACAGUGGUUGUCCCAUUUAUCUCUUUUGGAGACACUUGAAAUGGAUGGGAUUUCUCUUGCCAAAGCAAACCACUGGGUAAAUGUGAUUUCGAGUCUCCCAAAACUAUCACGGUUAAGUUUAGAAGGAUGUGAUCUCUCAAAGGUCAUAUUCUUCUUCAUUUCUCAACUCUUCUUCAUCUAUUCAAUCCCUUUAUCUUGGAAACAACAAUCUCACCUCAUCCGUGUAUCGUUGGUUAUUCCCAUUAACCAGCAAUAG